AGCGCGGAGCUUUUGGUGCCGGGCUAGGGGUAGAGAGGUGGGUGGAGACAGGGCUCUCCCGGUUGUUUGGUUGUUUUCGGGGGAACACAAAGUUUUCUAAAGGGAGCCGACACGGGACCAGGGGGGACUGGUGCGGCGCAUUCCCGAGGAGAGAGCGCGUGCACGCGUGCUCCCCUUUCCCUCCGCGCCUUCCACCCCCUCAUCACUGCUGCCGGUCCGUCGGUCAUGCCGCCUAAAGCCCCUCGGAAACCGGCUGGUGCCGCUCCGGAGCCGCCGCCGCCGCCGCCGCCGCCGCCUUCCCCUCCCCCUCGGGAGCAGGAACCGGAGCCGGACAGCGGCGCGGACGACCUGCCGCCGGUCAGGUUUGAAUUUGAAGAAGCAGAAGACCCUGACUUUAUUGCAUUAUGUCAGAAACUAAAGAUACCAAAUCAUGUCAGGAAAAAGGCUUGGGAGAAUUGGGAAAAAGUUUCAUCUAUGGAUGGAAUUUUGGAAUGUUAUAUUCAAAAGAAAAAGGAAUUGUGGGGAAUCUGUAUAUUCACUGCAGCCAUAGACCUGGAUGAGAUGCCGUUCACCUUUACUGAGCUUCAGAAAAGGAUAGAUAUAAGUGUGUGCAAAUUUUAUCAUUUGAUAAGAGAAAUUGAUACCAGUACUAAAGUUGACUGUACUGUAUCCAGGCUAAUGAAGAAAUAUGAAGUUUUAUUUGCCCUCUACCACAAACUGGAAAGGACAUGUGGACUUAUAUAUAUGGCUCAACCUAGUAGUCUGAUAUCUUCUGAAAUAAAUUCUAUGUUGGAGCUAAAAGUAUCUUGGAACUUAUUUUUGUUGGCUAAAGGUAAAAUAUUACAGAUGGAAGAUGAUCUGGUGAUUUCAUUUCAGUUAAUGUUGUGUGUUCUUGAUUAUUGUAUCAAACUCUCACCUCCUGCAGUGCUCAGAGAGCCAUAUAAAACUGCAAUGAGUACAUUAUCUAUUAAUGGUUCACCCAGAACACCAAGGCGAGGUCAAAGCAGAAGUGCACGGAUCACUAGACAACCAGAAACUGACACAAGGGUCAUUGAAAUUCUUUGUAAAGAGCAUGAAUGUAAUAUAGAUGAGGUAAAAAAUGUAUAUUUCAAAAACUUUCUACCAUUCCUGAAGUCUCUUGGUAUUGCAUCUUCUAAUGGACUACCAGAGGUUGAAAAUCUCUCUAAACAAUAUGAAGAAAUUUACCUUAAAAACAAAGAUAUAGAUGCAAGACUUUUUCUGGACCAUGAUAAAACUCUUCAAGAUGAUUCUGUUGAUAGUUUUGAAAUGGAAAGAACACCAAGAAAAAAUCAUCCUGAUGAAGAGAUGCCUUUAAUUCCUCCACAGACUCCUGUGAGGGCUGUCAUGAAUACUAUCCAACAGUUGGUGAUGAUACUAAAUUCAGCAAGUGAUCAGCCAUCAGAAAAUCUUAUUUCUUAUUUCAAUAAUUGCACAGUCAAUCCUAAGGAAAGUAUCCUGAAAAGAGUAGAGAAUAUUGGACGCAUCUUUAAAGAGAAAUUUGCAGAGGCUGUUGGCCAGGGAUGUGCAGAAAUUGGGUCACAGCGAUACAAACUUGGAGUGCGAUUAUACUACAGAGUUAUGGAAUCUAUGCUUAAAUCAGAAGAAGAGCGUUUAUCUAUUCAAAACUUCAGCAAACUUCUGAAUGAUAACAUCUUCCAUACAUCUCUUUUGGCUUGUGCUGUCGAGGUUGUUAUGGCCACAUAUGGGAGGAAUACAUACCAGAAUCAUGAUUCCGGAACAGAUUUGUCUUUUCCAUGGAUUCUGAAUGUACUUGAUUUAAAAGCAUUUGAUUUUUAUAAAGUGAUUGAAAGCUUUAUCAAGGCAGAAGCUAGUUUGACAAGGGAAAUGAUAAAACAUUUAGAGCGUUGUGAACAUCGGAUCAUGGAAUCAUUAGCAUGGCAAUCAGAUUCACCUUUAUUUGAUCUCAUUAAACAAUCAAAGGAACGAGAAGGACCAGUUGAUCACCUCCUUGAACCAACUUCUACUCUUAAUCUGCCUCUCCAACAUAAUCACACUGCUGCAGAUCUGUAUCUUUCUCCUGUAAGAUCCCCCAAGAAAAAAGGAUCAACAGCUCGAAUAAAUUCUGCUUCAAAUGCAGAGCCACAGACAACAUCAGCCUCUCAAACUCAGAAGCCACCGAAAUCUACCUCCCUUUCACUCUUUUAUAAAAAAGUGUAUCGGUUGGCAUAUCUCCGGCUGAAUACUUUAUGUUCACGACUUCUGUCAGAUCACCCAGAACUGGAGCACAUCAUUUGGACCCUUUUCCAACAUACAUUGCAAAAUGAGUAUGAACUCAUGAGGGAUAGGCAUUUGGAUCAGAUUAUGAUGUGCUCCAUGUAUGGCAUAUGCAAAGUGAAAAAUAUAGAUCUUAAAUUCAAAAUCAUUGUGACAGCAUACAAGGACCUUACCCAUGCCAUCCAGGAGACUUUCAAACGUGUUUUGAUCAGAGAAGGGCAAUAUGAUUCCAUCAUAGUCUUCUACAAUUUGGUCUUCAUGCAGAAACUGAAAACAAAUAUUCUACAAUAUGCAUCCACCAGGCCCCCAACCUUAUCACCGAUACCUCACAUUCCUCGGAGUCCUUAUAAGUUUUCUAGUUCUCCUUUACGUGUUCCUGGAGGGAAUAUUUAUAUAUCACCCUUGAAAAGUCCAUACAAAUUUUCAGAAGGUCUUCCAACUCCCACAAAAAUGACUCCAAGAUCAAGAAUUUUGGUUUCAAUUGGUGAAUCAUUUAGUACUUCUGAGAAGUUUCAGAAAAUAAACCAGAUGGUAUGUAGCAGUGACCGUUUGCUCAAGAGAAGUGCUGAAGGAAGCAAUCCUCCUAAGCCACUUAAAAAACUACGCUUUGAUAUUGAAGGAGCAGAUGAAGCAGAUGGAAGCAAACAUCUCCCUGGGGAAUCUAAAUUUCAACAAAAACUUGCAGAAAUGACAUCUACUCGUACAAGAAUGCAAAAACAGAAAAUGAACAAUAGCAUGGAUACCUCAAGCAAGGAAGAAAAGUGAAAAUCUUCUCAGGAUCUUGCUCAGCACUGUGUAUGCCUCUCGUCUUUGUUCAUUUGACUUUCCUUUACCAAACAGCAUACAAUCUGGUUUGUUUACUAUCAUAUAUAGUAUAAAUACAGGUUUCAGUUUGAGGGGAGAAUCUUUUAGGGACAUUUUGUGUGAGAUCCUUGAAUUACUUACAGUGUUGUCAUAGUAUGAACAGUGGUUUUGUAUAAGAUGUAGUGUCUUAUGCAACUAUUGCCACUUUAAAGUUGUAGGAGAUUUUUUUCAAUUUCUAAAGAAAAUGUUGUGUUUUGCAGAUUGGGUAUAAAACCAAUGCAGACACACCCAUCAUUAUCCUUCUGAAUACUAUGCCUUAUGAUAUAGCAUGUGUAUGAUAUCUGCCACUUUUAUUAAUUUAUGUAUUUCUUUUUAAUUUAAUGUGGGCACACUCGGGAAGAUUUUCCCAUCUUCCAAAUGCAAAUUGGUUGAUUGCUCAUUCAUUUUUAUUAUCUUGCCUCUUCAGCCAAAAUAGAUAUUGAAAAUUAGAGAAAUUACUUGAAAAAAAAAUACUGAUUUUUUUUUAUACAUUAACACUUUAUUUUAUUCUUAGAAUCUGAUACACUGUUUAUUUUGCAAAUCUUGUAACAUAAGUACAAGCAGAAAGCAAAGUAUAAAUUCCUAAUUCUGCCGUACUACUGAUAACAGGUUCCACACCUCAGCACUAGGAAACAUUCUUGUUGUUUCUGUCCUCCAUCAUACUUAUGUUUGAAAGCUGGGCAUUUGACAACAUAUACCAACUAAAUUACUGAAUAAAGUACUGGUCUGAGUACUUGAAAAGGGCCAUGUGUGUAAACACUGUGCCCCUCAUAAAAUAUAGUCCAUGUGCACUUUUAAUCUUAUUCUGGAUCAUAAAGAAUUAAAACAGAAAUGAAUUGUACAAUAGAUGCUAACGACACUAUUAGCCACGGGAAGCUGUACCUUUAUGCUUCUGACUGAAAAAAGGAUCAUAUGAUAAUUGUUCUUCCAUUGAAUUCCAAUAAGGAAAGCUUAAGUAUUCUCUAGAAUGACUAUUAAACGUCAUCUAUGCUUUAGAUUUUCCUCUUAAUUCAACUAUUGAAACCAGGUAACCUAACACUUUUUUGCAUUUUACAAAACAUUAUUUCAUCCUAAAAUUACAGCUCAACAGAUAUUUUUGGGGAUAGCCUUCUUAAAAUUUAGACAUUCAUUUAUGGAGGUGAACUUUUAUGCAGCUGCUCCAAUUCAAAGCAUCUACAUUUUGUGGAAAAAUGCUUUUUUGGGGUACCCAAAGGUAUAUUUAAAAUGUUGUGUGGGUAACUUAUUUAGAAAGUGGAGAAUUAAAAAUAGAUGAUAUUUAAGAUUAGCUUCAUCUAGGUUUUGGAAGAAAUCACUUUUAAUCAGUAUAUAUACCCUGAGCCUUUUUAAAAAUUCACUUACCCUGAUUUGAACUGUUUGUUAGGAAAUGAAAUUUUAUUUCAUGGUCAGUUAAAUUUUAAACUUUCAUGUUGUAUCUGACCGUGUUGCACAUAUACUUACAAAAGCAUUAGAAUAUAAAUGAUUUCCUCAUUUUUACAUGGCUUUCAUGAAGACCAUUUUAGCCUGUAAGUCAAAGACUUGCAUAUACUUUUGCUAUAUUUACAUUAGGAUAAACGCUAAAGAUUUAGGAACUUAAGAGAUAUACAUUGUACAGUUCCUAAAUGUGCCAGCAGAUCUCUCUUACUGAUGGCUUGAUACUUUGUUCAUAUGAUUUAAAGUGUACAUUUAAAGUGUAUGUUGCUAUUUUCUAUAAUUACUAGCUACUUUAAGAAUAAAAUAGCUAUUGAGACUUCAAAAUAUUUUCUUCAGUGUCCCAUAAGUGUAUGUGUGUGUAUCUAUAAUAUGCAGAUAAAGUGAAGCAUUUUUUAUUAUAUGAGAUGAGUGAGAAUGAUUAAUUCUCAGAAUUAGAAUUUUUAAUUUUUAAAUGUUUUUCUGAAACUAUUAACCCAAUUUUUGCCAUCAUUUAAGAAUGUGAAGGUAUCUUGUUUUUAUAGCUCCUUUAGUCAUAUAAUUUGAAUUGAAGAUUUUUCGUCCUUGGCCAUUUCUAAGUUUGUAUUGUCAUGAACUUAUAUAAGUAGAGAUGUACACUUGGAUAAUAUAAGUGGUAUUAUCUUUCCUUUUUAAAAAAAAUCAUUUGUCUCUGGAAUUAAGAGAUAAAAGGGUGAAGAAGAGAAAUUUGUAGAAGCUUGAAGUCUGAUCUAGGUGUGGUAGAUGCAGGUAGGUAGCAUACUUGAUAGAGCCUUGAACUUAGAAUCAGGAAAAUCUGAGUUCAAAUCCUAUCUCAGACACAGGAAAAAUUAUAUGAUCUUGGGCAAGUCACUCAACCACUGUCUUGUUUUAGUUUCCCCAAUCAGGAAAAUCUAAGUUCAAAUCUCAGACCCAGCAAAAAUUAUGUGAUCUUGGGCAAGUCACUCAACCUCUGUCUUGUUUUAGUUUCCCCAGCUCUAAAACUCUGCUUCCCAGAGUUGCUGGGAAGAUAAAAUGAGAUAAUAUUUUAAAGUAUUUUGUAAAUUCUAAAAUACUAUGUACAGCUAUUAUCAUCAUCAUCAAUAUCAUUAUGUAGUUAUUUUUGAUGGAACAGCUUUUAAUUGUGGUAAAGAUCAAUCUUAACAUUAUCAUACUAUUUUCCAUUUCUACACUGAAACAUUAAUUUUAACAGAAUGCUUUAGCAUUGUUAAAAGACAGUAGACAAGUGGUUUGGUAAAGAUUUUUAACUCUAAGUUCCCCUGGACUUAUCUUUUAUGCUACAAGAAAAUAAAAUGGUCUCCUUAAACUCUUAAAAGUCUUACUCCCACCUGCAGAAAAUAAGAGUUCAUUCUCCUAUAGCCUUCUCCUUGCUGUUAAAGUCCCAAAAAAUUUUAAGAGGGCUUUUACCACUAAAAUAUUGCUAAAUAAAACCUAAGAGGAGAAUUUUAACACAAACUUAAGAACAAUGCACAAAAGUCUUCUUAAAACAAUUGAAAAGGAAGUCGAAGGCAGUUAAUAAAAGUGUUCUGGGUUUUAAAUAAAAAAAGGGGGGGGGCAGGAGCAAAACCAUCAGGUUCACUGAAUGAAAUGGCAGAUCUGUUAUCACUGGCCCCUGUCAUAAGUUUGGAAUAUCUGAAUUAAAGUAGUAACUUCUUGAAUGCAGCUCAUCCCAGGACCUAAACUGUUAUCCAGAUCCACUUUGUGUGGCCACCAUUUGGUGUUCUCUGGCACAUAAGCCAAACCCUCCUACUCCCAUCAA